GCUCAAGUGUGUUUGGAAACUUGCAAAUUCAGCCUGGCUCACGCCGGAAGUGUUUGCUCGUCACAAAUCCGUCCCAGGUCGCGAGGGUGCAAGCUGCAAACGACGACAUGUCCCUCGGCGACAAGCAGAAGGAGCGCAUGGCCGCCUACGUACAGGAGCUGCUUUCGCUGGAUCGGGCGCGGCAACAGGCGACCUUGGAAAACCUCUCGAAAUACGCGGAUGCCUCCCAAAUGGCAAGCCCUGUUCCGCCUUUGCUGUCUACUACCACGAUGGAACAGGCCGGAGCAGCGCAGGGAAGGACCUUUCAGGCAAGCGAGAUUGCAACUCCCGCGAAGGUGGAGCUGCCUGUGCCACCCUCCCAAGUGCAGGCCCAGGAGCCUUCCAGUCGACUGCAGCAUGCUGCUCAAGCCCUACAGAUUGCCCUGGCAAACUGGGAGGCAUUGGUGCAAGAUGCCCAGGCUAUGCACGGCCAGAGGGCGCAACCUGUAGAGGUGCCUGGUGUGGUGCCUCCACCUGGUCUCAAGGCCGGUGUUGAUGACAUCGCAAAGCAGGGUGAGUAUGCCCUGAACUUGGCAAAGGCCGAACGUGCUGAGAAGGCAAGAACCUUGCUGGAAGGUUUUGCCCAUGAAGAGGCAGCCAGGCAGGAAGCACAAGAGAAGCUCAAGUGGUUGGCAGAACUCUUGGAGACGCAGAACAAGGCAAGCUUGGCGAAAGUGUACAAGAUGCUGCAGGAUCCACAGCCACCUGGACCAAUCCAGCGAGGCCUAGACCCCAGGGUGAUGAACCCGGCAGCUAUGGCCGCUUUGCAGGCAUCGUUCGGAGCAGGUGGCCCGAUGGCCAGUCCCCCUUGGUCCUAUGGCAUUCCAAUGGUACCAACUCCAUAUGCUGCAGGACCGCCGCCAGCAUGGUGGCCGAGCACAGGCGAGCGUAGCCCUGCCACACCGGAGACCUCCCGCAAAGGUGGUGGCCCAAAGAAGCGAGGUAAUGAAGCUGGCGCAGGGCAUGCAGGAGCAGAUGCGGCGCACCACUCCGGGGACACCUUGCGAAUGCACCUGCGCUCGCUCUUGCAGGUGGACUCCAGCCGUGUUCUGAUUGUGCGGAAGAUCAAUCGCUUGGGAUUCUCCUCGCCUCAGAUUCUCAAGGAGCACUUCUCAUGGUAUGGAACUGUGGAGAAUGUGCUGGUGGCUCACUCCAGAGUGAAGUCGGGUGGUGGUCAGAAUGGGAUUGUAUCCCGCCUUCGUCCGUCUGGCCUUGGCUUUGUGGUGAUGGGCAAAGGAGAGGAAGCCUCGAAGAUUCUUGCCGAGGGACCAGAACAGCAAGUCCAGGGUACGAUCAUUCGGGUGCAAAAGUUUGAACGGCGCAUGAGUGAAUCUGGCGCGGGUCUCGAGGAUCUUGAGAAGGAUCAAGAGGUGUGCGAUUCUCGCGUCAUGGGCGGAUAAGAGUUGGAUGUGUGAGACCGGCGCUGCGCAGCGCCCUUUGUGAAAGCCUCUGUGUUGAGGAGGAAAGUGUUGGACACCGACAUUUUUCAGUGCCUCAAGGACUGCGCUGUGGCAAGUUGCAUCUUGAAAGCUCCGGCCUGGGGUUAACCGUGCGGCUGUUCUGGCCGUAUCGCAGAUGGAAGCUGGCCACAAGAUUUGAUCCAAUGCCCUCGGAGCGUUAGGGUAUCUACCUGUGAGUUCCGAGGACAUGUUGACUCCGUAUCCCGCAAGGGGUAUGAUGGGAGCUAGGCAAGAGCCCUUUUGACUCAGCAAGUUACCUGUGUAAAUAUAUAAUAUCGGAGGAAUGGGUGCUUUGCUUGACGACGAAUUUUUUUCAAGUGGGACCGGCAAACACUCAGAGACUCCAAUGGCUCGGAUGAGUGUGUUGUACUCGGUACAUGCCAUCUUCAGAUGCGACAUUCACCUGCACAUCAAUAAGACUCAUGCAGUCUUUCUGCACGCUUUAAUUGGCAACACUCUCGA